UUGGUGUACACAAGAGAGAAGACAAACUCUAAUCACACGAGUCCGCCUCACAAAUUGUUAAUCAAGACUGUUAGAACCUGGUAAUCUCUAAAUUAACACUUUCUCCCACAACCAUCCCACCAACCAAACUUCAGUGGCACCAUCUUCAUUACUAGCGAAUACGUAAUAUUAGCAUCACACCAACCCAUUCACUAGAUUUGUACGUCCCCUUUGGAGACUUUCAUGUAUGGUUCCUAAUACCAAUUUUGCCCUUUCCCCUCACAUAUAACUCCAAUUUCUCCACCAAACCCUCAACCCCCAUACUAUAAAUCCCUCAUCAAAAGCCUUACAGAUAGCUAAGUAGUAGCUCUCUAGCUAGUGCAAAACGAAACAAUAUGCCAACCUUUCUCAACCACACCGACCGAGCCCGAGCCAUGUGGCUAACAUGCCUAGCCUCUGCAUUCCGUACAUGUCUUGCUUGCACCAUAGUAGCCCUAACCACCCUCUAUGGUCCACAAUCUCUCCAACGCCAAGUAGCCUUCCCGGCAUUCUCUUAUGUCACAGUCCUUCUCAUUGCUCCUGAUGCAACUCUAGGGCACACACUUUGUGGUUUUUGGCUCGGGCUCUACGCCACAGCACAAACUAUUGGGCUGGCCGUGUUGAGUCUAUGGCUGAUUGGGCCGGCCCGGCUUUCGACCAGCACGACCGCUCUGGCGGUGGGGCUUGCUGCAUUUGUGGUGGCUCUGCCGGAGUUUACUCACUUGGUAACCAAACGCAUAGCACUCGGACAAAUCGUUAUUAUGUAUGUUAUAGCUUAUAUAAAUGGGGGGCAUACAGAUGCUAUCAUGCACCCCGUCCACGUCGCAGCAAGUACUGCAAUUGGGGUGUUGGCUUGUGUUUUGGCUUUGUUGAUUCCCUUCCCGCGCCUUGCUUCUCGCGAGGUUAAACAAAACUCAGAGCUACUUGCCAAGAAUGCUUCAGAAAGGCUCAAGAUCUUUGUAAAGGCGUUUUGCGCAGAAGAUAGCACAUCAGCACUUGCAUCAAUUUCUCAAGCAAAUUCCAUGGCUUCCACGGCAACCAAGCUUUUCCAAACUAUCAAAAGCCACCAAGAAAGCAUGAAGUGGGAGAGAGUUCCGCUAAAGUUAUUUUCAAGACACGGCUAUGUAAAUCCAGGAGAUAGAUUGCAGGGCUUAGAGAUACCCUUUAGAGGGAUGGAAAUGGCAUUGACCUGCAUUCCUUCAUUUCCAGUUAUGGUGGUGAAUGGAGAACUCAACAAAGAUGCUCUACUAAGACUAGUAGAGCAGCACAUGAGCCUAAACUUGAGCCCACCUUGUGAUUCAAUAACUUUUCCUGAAUCAAAAGCAGAAAAUGUUGGUUUCCUCCAAACACUUCAAACCAUCCCAAAUAUCCACCAAGAUCUACCCCCAAUUUUCUUUUUGUUUUGUAUCAAUCUCCUCCAAGGAAAAUUAUCAUCCAGAAGUAGUAUUGUACCUGAAAAAUUAUUGGUUCACCAAAAUGAAGGAGCAAUUAACUCUUCCAAACAAAAUGGAUUGUAUUUCACGAUAUGGAGUAACUUGUCCACCAAGGUAAGCGGCAAGAGGCUUAUAGCAGCUUUCAAAUGUGCACUCUCCUUGGGUCUUGCCGUGUUUUUCGGUCUGAAGUACAGCAAAGAUGAUGGUUACUGGGCAGGACUCCCAGUAGCAAUCAGUCUUGCAUCAACCAGAGAAGCAACAUUUAAAGUUUCAAAUGUUAAAGUACAAGGGACUGUUUUAGGAACUGUAUAUGGAGUUUUGGGUUGGUUUCUCUUCCAAAGGUUUAUGUCAAUGAGACUUUUAUCUCUGAUUCCUUGGUUCAUUUUCACCAGUUUUCUCCAGCGUAGCCGAAUGUACGGCCAGGCGGGAGGCAUUUCAGCAGUAAUUGGAGCUGUACUAGUUUUGGGGAGAACAAACUUUGGUCCGCCAAGUGAAUUUGCCGUAGCCAGAAUCACAGAAACCUUCAUUGGAUUAUCUUGUUCAAUUAUCGUUGACUUAUUAUUGCAACCCACAAGAGCUUCUGUUCUUUCAAAAGUUCAACUCUCUAGGACUCUUGGGACAUUGCAGGAGUGCAUCAACUCGGUGAGUCUUCAACCAGGAAGAGCCAAUUUGAAAGAGAAUCAAAAGAGACUGAAAAUGCAUAUUGAAGAACUUGGGAAGUUGAUUGGAGAAGCAGAGGCGGAGCCCAAUUUCUGGUUUUUGCCUUUUCAUAGUGCUUGCUAUGGAAAACUCUUGGGGUCCUUCUCCAAAAUGAUGGACCUCCUAGUUUUAAGUGCUCAUGCUGUGGGAUUUCUUCAACAAAACUUCCAAAGAUUUGAGGCUUCAUGUAAGGACAUUGGACAUGCACUGGAUUGUGAUCUUGAAAGUUUCAAGAAAAUGGUUGACUCUUUGAUAACAUUCUUCAAGGAGGUCACGUCGAUAAAAUUACUCUCAGUUCUUGAUCAAAAGAGUGAUAUAGCUCAUGAUCUUGAGUUGGGAAAAUCUCGAGCCCCGAAUAUGUUUGGGGUUUGCAGUUCAGAGGAUGAAGAGACAGAUAAGAUUAUAAGUUCUUAUCUCCAACACUCAAGGGAAGUUGUAGAGAAAAUUGAUGCUAAGAGUGAAGAGCUCAAGAGCCAAAUGGUUUUGUGUUUAAGUGGUUUAGGGUUCUGCAUGAGUAGUUUAAUAAGAGAAACCAGGGAGAUUGAAGAGGGAAUCAAGGAACUUGUUCAAUGGGAGAAUCCCUCAAGCCACAUUAGUUUGUAUGAAAUCUCUUGUAAGUUGUAUGAUUUAAAGAAAUAAUGUGCCUAUGGCCACAUGCAUGCACUAUCAUUAGUAACAGAAAUGACAAGUUAUUCGUUUUAAGUGUUUUUGUUGAAUUAAGUCAUCAAUCAGUCCAUUUAAACAUAUAAAACUAUACACACUCUCUACUAAAGGUGGAUUUUACUAUCAAUCUUAUAUCCCGCAUGAAAUU